AUGGCUGCUAUUACAAACAACGGCGAAAAGCCUGCCGAGCUACCCACCCAUCAAAGUACGCCAACCGGAGACGAAACGGGUACCACCACGCUAGCGUCCUUGUACGGCGGUGGUAGGAGCAGCAGUAUCAACGGUGAAGAGCAAAACGAGCAACAAGAACAACAUGAUUUGGCCCAUGGCCACUCCAAUGCCGAGCCUGUCUGGCUUGCCACAACCCUCACGCUCCCGCGCGAAAUCCUCUUUGCUUCUGUGACCUGCUUAGUCCAGUUCUGUACCCAAGCAGCAUUUUUUCAGACUCUAUUCCUGAUACAUCAGAUUGGUGGUAGUUUUGGCGUCACAAACCCCGCCAAGCUUAGUUGGCUCGUUGCUGGGUACAGUCUGACUGUUGGCACUUUUAUCCUCUUCUCCGGGCGCCUAGGGGAUACAUUCGGCUACAAACUCAUGCUUCUAAUUGGCAUGGGCUGGUUCUCCCUCUGGUCCAUGUUGGCCGGCUUCAGUGUCUACUCCGGCUAUCUCUUCUUCGUCUUCUCGCGGGUCUUGCAAGGUAUCGGGCCAGCUAUCGCCCUGCCCAAUGCCCUCGCCAUUUUCGGUGCUUCGUAUCCCCCAGGGCACCGGAAGGCUAUGGUCUUCUCAUUCUUUGGCGCUAGUGCUCCGGUCGGGGCUAUCGUCGGAGCGGCGGCGGGAUCGGCCCUCGAGUUGGCCUGGUGGCCGUGGGUCCUCUGGGUUUUGUCCAUAACACUGUUUGUCAUCUUCGCCUUCUUCGUCAUAGAGUCGAGGUGGGCUAAGCGACCUCUCCUACCCUUCGAUGCCAUCAACGCCGAUGUCGCUUUUGUCCUCGGCGCGAUCGCCUGUGGUUGGGCGACGUUCGGUGUGUGGACGCUCUACUUCGUCCAGAUCCUUCAGCGGAUCCGCCAUCUAUCUCCACUUCUCUCAUCAGCCUGGUUUUGCCCUGGAGCAGUGGCCGGUAUGAUAGCAGCAGUGGCAACAGGCACUUUACUCGGGCCUCUAAGGACGCCGCCCCCGGUUGUCAUGACCCUAGCCCUGCUGGCCUUUGCUAUCGGUGUCACCCUCACAGCUACCACGCCCGUGGACCAGAUUUACUGGGCACAGACCUUUGUGUCGGUCAUUAUCAUGCCCUUUGGCAUGGACAUGAGCUUCCCAGCAGCCACGCUGAUUCUCUCUGAUGCCGUCAAGAAGGAGCAUCAAGGUAUCAUGGCGAGUCUAGUCAACACUGUGGUCAAUUACGGCAUCUCACUUGGUGUUGGAUUUGCAGGCACGGUUGAAGUCCAUGUCAACAACGGAGGUAAGACGGAAGAGGAUAUGCUCACGGGGUUCCGCAGUGCGCUCUAUCUAGGAAUCGGACUUGCUGGCCUCGGCGUCGUUAUUUGUCUGACUUUCCUCCAGAGGAAGUAUCGGAAACAAUGA